ACGGAACACGUGGCACAUGCACCAUUUCUCCCUACUAGAGCCAGGUCGGGGCGAGCUUGCUCUUAAAUUGGGUGGCGAAGCCUCAGGGCUCUUAUUUUUUCCCCCAUCUUCCCUGCGCUUUUAGCACCUUCCCGUGAAGCAGCCCAUCGAGGUCCGGAGCUGCGCGGCGUCGCAAUGGCCGGCUCUCUCUCCAAGUCCUCCCUCUUCUCAGGCUUACGCUUCCACUCCCAGAAGGCGGAGCCAGUGCUCCAUCUACCGCACCGGGGAUACCACAUCGAGCUCGGAGCUCGCGAGAAGGCGCUCCUGGAAGAAGAUCCCGCGCUAAAGAAGUUCAAAUCGUACAAGAAUACUGUGAAGCGUGUAUCGAAAAUUGGGGACGUCCUUACCGUGAUUGUCGUUGCUGAUAUGGCAUGCAAUUCGAAGUGUUCAUUGAUCUUAUAAUGGAAGAGAUGGAUUUUUGUAUCCCUUAAUUCUUAUGUAAUGUUGUUUAAUGUGGAUGCGGAUGGCAAGCCUAAGAUGGUAAGAUAAUUUGUCUUGUAACUGCUAGACAUUUUGCAUUUCUAUUAUAGUGUUUUUUCCGUUUUAAGUUUGUAAUGGAGUCAAGGGUGAAAACAAAGGGAGGGUUAGGUCCCAACCCGACCCGAUGCAACCCAAAAUUGGACCUGAUCCGACUUGCCCAAGAAACUGACACUACCCAAGAACUCAAAUAGAUAUCUAGAUUACAAUAACUUUGCGGCAUCUCAUCUCCUUGUUGUAAGACUCACUCUUUGCACUGCCCUCUUCUCCACCCCCUCCGCCCAUAGAGGUCACAGCACUGCCCCACUUCCACCUUCUUACUACCGUGGACAUAGGCAUGGGCUCCUUCAAGCUCGUCUUUGCUUGUGUCAUCCCAUCUAGUUGCCUCCUUGCCCUCAACCGCCUCAAGGACCUCUUGUUCGGCCAUGUCGCCUCCCCAAUGUAUCCCUCCCCUUGUCGCCUUCCUCCACACCCUCAUCGCCCUCUACCGCCAUGUCUUGUCGUCACCUCCGUGGUCCACGACACCCUCAAUUGCAUCAACCUCCUCUUCACUCCGACCUCGACCUCGAAGUUAAAAACGCGGUGCCCCCAGCUGUGCUGACUCCGAAUCCAAUGAUUCUCUCUUUUUUGUUUGAUCUUCAAAGAGAAGAGGAGAGGGAUCAGAGUCGGGUUAGAUUGGGUUGAAAUUUGUGUCAUCGAGUCGGGUAAUGGGACGUAUUAGGUUAUAGGUUGGAUCGGCCUAGACCCAACAUAUCGACGAGGGAGGGCUGGCGAGGGGGCACAUGCCCCCCUCACUAUGAAAAACUCCUUGUAUGCCCCUUAGCUAGUUUCAUCCUUCUCUUAUUCGAAAUCCCCAGGCCCCCUUCAUCUAGGCCCAAGGCCUUCCCAUCCAAAAAAAGAAGAAGAAAGUAAAUAUAAUAGAAAUAUAAUACUCUCGUAUAUGUGGAGGAGGCUGCCCCAUCCUGGUUUGCAUGCCGUGCUUCCUCUCUAACCUAGACUCUCUCCCCCCACUUUGCCUGCUCACUCUCAGAUGGCUGGCACUCACACACCUUGCACCUCUAGCCUCUUCAAACUCCCUUAAUGCGAGAUCUCUCUCUCAUAUGUGCGUCUAUUGCCCGUUGGCCAAGCUCCAAUGUCCUCUUGUUAUCCCAUCCUAUCACCAAGGACCAGCUCUCUGACUCUCUUUCAUCUUUCUAGUUGACCAUGGGCCACUUGUCUAGGCUCACCCCUCUUCCAUCCUCUCUCAUGAUUUAGUUUGGUAAACAAGAUUUUUUUGCAUAGUCAUAGUAUAAUAUUGUGCCUAAUAUUGUGCAUAAUAUGUUUAUCUAUGGUAUUUAACUCAUGCACCUUGCUUAUUAGUGACUUGAGACACAAUAUUCGUUUAGUUAGAUUUAUUAAUUGCUAGUAUUUCAUGUUUUGCUUUUUAAAAUGAUUGGGGUUCUUUUUAUUAAUUGGUUGUUUGUUUGUAUCUCUCAAAGUGGCUCAUAUAAUUAUCCUAAGCCUAUUAAAAUGUAAGUUAUUAGCAAUUUAUGUUAAAUCAGGAGAUUCUAUUAAAAAAUUUCAAAUGACGUUAGUUUUUGUACAACUUUUUCUUGGACUUAACAGUUUUUCGAUAUUUGAACUAUUAAUAAAAAGAUGAGUGCCUAAUCAUUAAUAAUACAUGACAAACCAUCCUUUAGUACCGUGCUAUAUACAUCUAUAUUUUGGUUGAUAUUAAGCUGGUGAUUAUCUUCUUCGAUUAAUUUAACUUUAUUCACAUUGAUGAUCAAAUGAUAGGUAGAAUUGAAAAUUUUGUGAAUAAAAGUUGAAAUUUUUUCCCUAAAUAUCUCUAAAUAAUGUCAAAAAGUUUCACUGGUAUAGAUUUCAUAGUUUAGAUCUUUAAAUUUUUAAUUCAUGAAGAAAAUGAACUAGGUUUGGGAGAUUAUUUUUCAAUGUCAUAUGUUAAGUAAUCAUGAUCCCCCCUC